AUGGAGUUGGAAACAAACUUGAAAGAAUUAGAUAAUUUUCCUUUCCAUUCAAGCCUUUUCUCUGAUUCUUCAACCCCUAUGAAAUUGAAACCAGAGCAUCCUUCCAACACCAACAAUGGGAUUAAUUCCCUACGCCCACAACUCUCUUCUUCUUCCCCGCCACCACCCAAUUGCAAGCCUUUGUUUUCUUCCCUGGUUCCUCAUUUUGAUCCUCAUCAUCAGCAUCUUCAUCUUCAUCAUCCCCAUCAUCAUCAACCGCUUCACGGGUCCCAUUUGAAUCUGAAUUCUCAUUCUCAUGAUGACUUCAAAACCAGUUCUGAUCACAUCAAUCAUUUCUCUACCAUUGAGGGGUCUUCAUCAAACCCCUUCAGUGGGAUUUAUUACGACACAAAUCCUCAUGAUUUUGUGGCUGUUCCUCUAGCACCUGAUGGUAUCGACUUUCAUGGUGCUAGGGGGUCCUACUGGGGUGCUCAUCAUCAUCAUCAUCUGGAUGGUCAGGAAAUUCCAGAUGACCAGGCGCAGAUGGGCCCACAAAGCUGCAUACAGCUUCCUCCGUUGAUCAAUUUUGGAGAAUUCGGAUCAUCAUCGGCUAUGGCCAUAAGUUUGCCUUCAGAUGAAGUCACAUGCAAUAGCAGCAGCAGCACAGAGAUUGAGUUUUGCAAGAGACUCUCAGCUGAUGAUCAGAAGAAGACCAAGAGGUUGUGUAUGAGAAGACCCACCAGUAGUAAGGUACUGCAAAAGAAACCCUCCAUCAUCAAAGGCCAAUGGACCCCUCAAGAAGACAGACUUUUGGUGCAAUUGGUUGGGAGGUUUGGCAUUAAGAAGUGGUCUCAAAUUGCUAAGAUGCUGAGUGGGAGAGUGGGAAAGCAAUGUAGAGAAAGAUGGCACAACCAUCUGCGGCCUGACAUUAGGAGUAUAGAGGAAAAUGAGAGGGAGAAUGGAAGUGAUGAUGAAAUUGAGAGAGAGGAUGAGAUGGGAGGAUGGGAGGGAGGAGUAACAAAAAAAGAUAUGUGGAGCGAAGAAGAAGACAAAAUACUAAUCGAAGCCCAUAAGCAAAUCGGGAACAAAUGGGCGGAAAUUGCUAAGAUGCUGCCGGGGAGGACCGAAAACACGAUCAAGAAUCAUUGGAACGCAACAAAGAGAAAGCAAAACUCAAAGAAGAAAACCAACAAAGACCCCAACAACAACAUUAAUCCCCCCGAGAGCUCUCUCUUGCAGGUCUACAUCAGGAGCGUUGUCUCUUCUUCUUCUUCUUUUUCUUCUUCUUCUUCUUCUUCUUCUGCUACUACUCCUAAGACUUCUUCAGCUUCAACCGAAACGACCGAAACAACCGAGCAGAGAAACGCACUCUCAUCUGAUCACUCCAGGGGCUUUUACUUCAACCAAAACAAUGCCGAGAGCGCAAACUGGGCCCUGACAGCUUAUCAUCCUGAUCAUAUCAGUAAUGAGACGUCCAAUAAUAUGUACAGUCAGAUGGGUGGUUCUGUUUCUAAUUUGUUCAAUUUUGAAAGUUAUGGGUUUGGUGGAUCUUUCUUGGUUGACCAGGUAACCGGGGUUGAGGAAUAUCGGGGCAGCAGCAUGGAGGCUGAGAUGCCGUUGGCGUUGGAGGUUAAGAGCCUGAUGCAGGGCCCUGAUGAUGACCAUGUCAAAAAGGAGAUGGAUUUGCUCGAGAUGAUUUGCCAAGGAAAGCUUUAG